UUCACCAACUCCACACAGGCGUUAGUUACAGGCUGGAGCUCCGGGGACCGACAACUAGAAGCUGUGCAUGAGCUCUUGGAACCUACAAACACAAACUUUCACCCGACUUCUUCAAACUCACCUUGAACUCCUGGACACACGCAAUAGCGGAACCAUAGACUUACUAUAUCUCAGUGUGUGUUGGUCUCUCAGUAACCAUGGCCCAAUCCGAAUCUACUGGCCUUAGCCCGGACUUCUCCAACGGAGCCAUAAUCCAUAGGCCCGUAGGAACCAGUACCGACAAAGAAAUGCAGAGACAACAAGGUAAAGAUGAGGAGGAGGAUGUCGAACUGGCGGAAGAAGUGUUGGAACUAGGUGAGGAGGUGGGUGAAGACAUGGAGGACAUUGAGAUGGAGGAGGAGGAAGGAGGUGCGGCUGAGAAUGUUGAAGUGACAAUGGAAGCUAAAGGGAGAGGUGGAUCAGAGGGUGAUGAGGAGGAGAGACAGUUGGAAGAGAAAGAGGUUCGUUUUGAGGACAAGAGAGAAGAACCAAACAUGUCAGUUGAUGUAAUUGAAGAAGUGCAUGUCAAAUCUGUAGAGUCUGUUGAAGGACAGAAACCCGCUGAGAAUACCACAAAAGAUAUAGAUAUAGACAGAGAUAGAAAGGAAGGCAGACCUCUUCUUCCUACACCAACCUUUAGGUUGCCAGACCAGCCAGUUCAGACCCCUGAGAUUAUUAAAGAAUCACCACAGGAGGAGAGAAGAGAGUGGAAAGGGGAGGUAGGAGAGAGGCAUACAAAUAAUGAGUUAGUCACUGUGUGUACCGAGAAGGGAAGUGUAAGAGAGACUCCUGGGAGGGAAAUUAGGUCCAUUGCUGAUGAUGAAAUGGGACAAGAACAAGGUGUGGGAUCAGAUUUGCACCAAGAUCUGUCUAUUACUGAUGAGCUGGCGAUGAAAGAGGAUGAGACAUCUGCAGAGGAAGAUAUUCUGCAAAUAGCUUUGCCUUCUGAUGAGGCACUGACGACAGGGGACGAAGUUGGUUCGACGACGACAGAAACGCUAGUCUUGUCCACCAAUGAUGUAGAGAGUAAAGAGAAAAAGGUGAGUACAGAGAACAAAAAGUCAGAAACCGGGUCUAUUGCUGAUGACACAGAUCAGGAAGUAGAGAUGCCAACCAGCCAGGCACCUAAUAAUGCUCUAACUGCAGAAGAGAGUGAUGAAAGCGGGAAUAUAGUGACUGAGCACUGUCGCACUGUGUCCACUAGUGAUGAGGUAAGAGAGACACAGCAGGAGGAAGGACUGGAAGAGGAGCCCAAACAUCUGCCAGACAAUAAUCAUGGAGAAACAAACGCUGAUAACAACAACGUGGCAGAGAACACACAUGUUGUUUCAGAAGAAGAGUACAAUGUGAGCAAGGAGAUAAGUGGAAUCAGUAGAGUUUCAGAGGAACGAGGAGGGACAACUGAAGAAGAUGUAUCAAAGACAGAAGAGGGGGAGCGCCAAAAGACAGAGCAGCCAACAUUGUUAUCCCUAACCGACGAGCUAACAGAGACUGCCGUGAAUGAGAGUCAAACGACAACAGCCCAGCAACCUACGGCUCUUGUCUUUCCAUGUGUCGAGGAUGAUGAGGGCGGGAACGGGAGCAGGAAACAGCCCCAUGAAAUUGAGGAGGGGGAGACUGGAGUUAAAGAGGAGGGAGGUUUACAACCCACUGAACAGCAGCUACAGGUGGGAGAGAUUGAUAAGGUGGGGGCUGUGGAGGUGGAGGGUAGGAGCAGGGAAGCUUUCCAACAUGUUGGGAAUAAUGAAGGGGUGGAGAGGGACACCAGAUGCAGCAACAGAGAGGAGGAGGACAAGGAUGAUAAUGUAGAGAUACCUGAGGAAGCGAGACGAGGUGGAAGUAUGGACAAACUGACAGAAACACUGUUCGAGCUGGAUUCCGUGGCCAUGGACGAGGUGGAAGGGAAAGAAAACAGGGUUCUGGAUGAGCCAGCGAUACAUAUUCUCGAGGGUACAGUGGGAGCUACACGGGAGGAGUAUGAGGAUUUGGAGCGUGUCGAGGAGGCCUUUGAGAUUGAUGAGGGAGAGGAAGGUGAUAAAGAACAUGCUGGGGAGGUCAUUCUGAAUGAGCCCAAGACUGCAGAGCAUGGGGUAGUUCAGGAGAUGGAGCAUCCAGUCCCGGUCUCAGAGAUAGAAAUGUUAGGAGCAGAAGAAGAGGGUGGGUUAGAGGAUGAGCCAGUGACAAACAUUGACGAUAACCUAGACUCGCAAUCAGAAGGAGGGGCUGAGGUUGUGGAAGAGCUAGAGAAUAUCAUUGAGGGUAAGCUCAAACCUGCAGCAGAGGGGGGCAGCAAGACUGAAGAGUGCCUCCAGCCUGUUAUUAAGGAUGAGCCGGUAAAGGUUGGGAAUGAAGACACAGUGGAGGACAGAAGGAAAGUGGAUGAAAAAGAUAUGGAGCUAGAGGUCAAAGCUCACAAAGCCACAAUAGAGAAUGGGUUCCCUGGAACAGAGGAGAUAAGACGGCAACUACUGAAUGAGAUGCUGCUAUCUCCAACCAGGCUAAAAAAACGAGAAAUGAAAGAUGAAGUGACAGUUAAUAGAGAUAAGGUGACUCCCCGCAGAAGUAGUAAUGACUGGAUCAAGAAGGAGUCCCCAGAGGAGGUACAGACCCACAGUGGGAGGGAAGACUGGAUAAAGAAGCAAGCCCCAGAGGAGCUGAAGACUGCUGUUAAGAAGGAUGACUGGAUCAAGAAGCAGGCCCAAGAGGAGGUGCAGUCCUGUGGUAAGAAGGACUGGAUCAAGAAACAGGCCCCAGAGGAUGUGCAGACCCGCGUAAAGAAGGAGGACUGGAUCAAGAAGCAGGCCCCUGAGGAGAUACAGGUCCGUGGUAAGAAGGAGGACUGGAUCAAGAAGGAGGCCCCAGAAGAGGCACAGACCCCCGGGAAGAAGGAGGACUGGAUCAAGAAGGAGGCGCCAGAGGGGGUGUCGAUCGCUAGUAAGAGGGAGGACUGGGUCAAGAAGGAGGCCCCAGGGAGGGUGCAGAUACCUAGUAAGGAGGACUGGGUCAAGAAGGAGGCCCCAGGUAGGGUGCAGAUACCUAGUAAGAAGGAGGACUGGGUCAAGAAGGAGGCCCCAGGGAGGGUGCAGACACCUAGCAAGAAGGAGGACUGGAUCAAGAAGGAGGCCCCAAAGGAAGUUCACAUCCCCAGUAAGAGGGAGGACUGGAUCAAGAUGGAAGCCUCAGGGGGGGUGCAGAUCCCUGGUAAGAGGGAGGACUCAAUCAGGACUCAGGUCCCAGAGGAGGUGCAUUUCCCCAGUAAGAGGGAGGACUGGAUUAAGAAGGAGGCCCCAGAGGUGGUGAAGACUCUGGCUAAGAAAGAGGACUGGAUCAAGAAGCAGUCCAGAGAGGAGGUGCAGACCUCUGGAAAAAAGAUGGACUUAAUCAAGAAGGCCCCGGAGGAGGCGCAGACUCCUGGUAAGAGGGAGGACUGGAUCAAGAAGCAAGUCCUAGAAGAGGCACAGAACACCACUAGAAAGGAUGACUGGAUAAAAGAGCUGAAGUCAGUGCUCAAAGAGGAGGUGCAGCCCACAAAGGGAGAUGAUCCAGUGAAGAAGAAGAAAAAGAAAGUGGUGAUCAUGGAGGAGGCGCCCACUAUCAUGCAUCAAAAGAAAGAGGUGAAGACAGAUGGAAAGAAAGAGAAGGAAGAGCAGUGGGAGGUGAAGAAAGAGAAGACAGAGCAGGCGGAGUUAAAGAAGGAGAAGGAGGAACAGGGGGAGCCAAAGAACACUGUGAAGCUGCAGACCCCAACUCAUCACAGCCAAGACAGUGACAGCUCAAACCCCCAGGAGUAUGUGAUCUCCCUCUAUGUCAAGGCAGGCAGUGAUGGGGAGAGCAUCGGAAACUGUCCAUUCUCCCAGCGUCUCUUCAUGAUCCUGUGGCUGAAGGGAGUCAUCUUCAACGUCACCACAGUUGACCUCAAAAGAAAACCGGCGGACCUUCAGGACCUAGCCCCGGGGACCAACCCUCCGUUUGUCACGUUUAAUGGGGAGGUGAAGGUGGACGUGAACAAGAUCGAAGAGUUCCUGGAGGAAAAUCUCACACCACCACGGUACCCCAGGUUGGCAACUACUCAUCCGGAGGCAAAUACAGCAGGCAUAGAUGUGUUCGCAAAGUUCUCCGCCUACAUCAAAAACUCUCGCAAAGAUACUAAUGACGGCUUGGAGAAAGCCCUGUUGAAGUCCUUGCAUCGGUUGGAUGAGUUUCUGCGGACACCCCUGCCAGAGGAGAUUGAUGCUAACAGCACAGACAACCCUCAGGAGUCCACACGCAGCUUCCUGGAUGGACCCGACCUUACACUGGCAGACUGCAACCUCCUGCCCAAACUACACAUUUUAAAGGUGGUAGCCAGGAAGUACCGUGGCUUUGAAAUUCCAGUGGAUAUGGUGGGGGUGUGGCGCUAUCUAAACCAUGCCUAUGAGAGGGAGGAGUUUACCAGCACCUGUCCUGCGGAGCGUGAGAUCGAAUUUGCCUACACAGAUGUAGCGAAACGAAUCAAAUAGAGAGAAGGGGAGUGUGAGUGAAGGUGUGGGGGUGGGUGUGGGUGUGGGUGUGUGUGUGCGUGCGUAUGAUGGCAUAUAUGUAAUAGGGUCUUUGUGCACUCACUGGUUGGGUCGUACAGAGCUCUGAGAUAAAGUGUCAUGUCUGGUGUGAGUCUGGGACCAAUCAUUCGAGAGGUCCACAUCCCUUUCACAUACAGUAAUUAACCACAUCCAAUGGCCAGGCCAGCCUGUUGUAGCGGUGAAAUAAUGCUCUGUACUUCAAGUACUUCUGGCCAAAGCCCCGUGUUGUGCAUUAUAAUCUACAGAAGGUGGAUGUGUACGCUGUCAUUUGAGAGAGAAACUGUUAAAAUGCUACAUUACUAACCUGAACAACAUGAAGUGCUAUCUACUAACAUUGCAACAUUUUAAAAUGGUCAUAAAGCAGCUACAAUCAUUAUUUAGUGUUGUGUUAAAUUAAAGAGUAUAUACUCUGUUAAUUUACUUUUCUUUACUGUAGUUUCUAUUCUCCAUAUAUGGGUAAAUAAUAGUAUAAUUUUUGCUUUUUGAAGUUAGCCUGACUGUUUUCUACUGGUAUGUUUUAUAAAAGCUAAAUCUGUGUUCUACUUCUACUGCAUGUUGUUAACAAUCAAAAUAGCAUUUCAAUCACAUAAAUCUGCUUUAAUAACAUAUGUUGAAUUCCAGUGACAACAGGCCAUCCCAUUGUCUGUGGGUGGGGCUUACUUUUGAGAAGCUCAUCAGAUUGAGUCUCUCUGAAGAGAAAGUUUAAAUCUGAAGCUAUUUUGAUAGUGGCAAAAGUGUGUAUUUUAUGUAUCUGUCUAUGUAUGUACUCAACUGACACAAGCCUGUGUACUCGCCUUAUAAUCCUCCCCAGAGGAAUGUAUUAAACUGAUUUUAGAACAGUAAA